GGGUAGCUUGGCCCUUCCUUGUUGUACUGUAUGAAGAGGCCUGUCAUCUGUGCGAUAUUCUUCACUUCACACCAACCAUCUCUGGCUGUGAGUCAUCAAGAGACAUGUUGAUGAUGUCACCAGCCUUGGUCGUAGUCUGUCUGCUCCUCUUGAGGAUGGAGGCCCAGGGGUUUAUGGUGCUCUGGGCAGGCACCUCCACCCCCCACCAGAAUAUCACAGAGGCAGCCAUCUUACAGACCACUGCCCAGGUGUGCAAGGACCUGGCCUCUGUUGAGGGAAGAGACUUCACUCUGCCGCCUGGACCCCUGACUGCAGAGAUUCUGGCUAUAGCCUGCUCAUCGCCAAAAUCUGUUAAGAGUUUCCAGAGUGCCAUAUCAGACAUCACCGGAAGUAAUGCCCAAGUGGACUACAUACACGUACUGAAUCCUGAGUAUCACUUUACCGAUGAGAUGAUAGAAAAGGGACGGGCACUCAUCACCCAAGGCAUGACUUCUGUCAAAGCCAGCAUCAAGCAGGGAAACUUUAAGGCUGCAAGACAGACACUGGGAGGCAUUUCACACCCCUUACAGGAUUUCUACAGUCACAGCAACUGGAUAGAACUGGGCAACAUAAAUCCUCUUUCUGAUCUCAUCAGAUCAGACGUGGUGGACAUCGGCCCAGUUGCAGAUAAAAACACGCCCACAUGUCGGAGUUGUGCCGGGGAAGACUGCAAGAACAACAUCCUAGAAGAAAUCAUUGGAGACAAGAAGCUGACCACUGCAUAUUUUGCAUUUAUUAUCCCUUCAAAACCCGAAGGGAAGUGCAGCCAUGGCGACUUAUUAGACCUCUCGAGCUGGGUGAAUCCUACAGGCGGCAUCAGCAAGGAUCAAUUGGAAGCCAGACAUGGCUACCUGCACCAAACGGCUGCAGAGAUGGCCCAGGCUGCAACUAGCGAACUACUGACCGAUAUUAGAGGAGCUGCCGGGGACAAAGACUUCCUACAGAUGAUGGGAAUCUCCACGGAGAGAUCAACUGCUUUGUGUUUUGUGAUCGACUCCUCUGGGAGCAUGUCGGGUGACAUUGACGCAGUGAGGAAGGUGGCCUCAUUCAUCAUCGACAGCCAGAGAGGAACGGCAGACCAGCCGUCAGACUACAUGCUGGUCUCCUUCAACAACUCAGACUUUGGGCCCCUGAUACAGACCAAAGACCCUGACGAAUUCAAGGCCUACAUCAAUGCUCUGUCUGCAAAUGGGGGAGGGGAUUCCCCUGAAAUGUGUCUAUCAGGACUCCAGCUGGCUUUAACCGGUGCCCCCCCCUCUUCAGAGAUCUUUGUUUUUACUGACGCCCCCCCUAAAGACUUGGAUCUACUCAGCACAGUGACCGCUCUCAUUGAACGUACCAAGUCUGUGGUGACCUUCAUGCUAACAAACGGUUUGGGUUCCCUUCGUCUGAGAAAUGUCCAGGGCCGAGGCCGGGGCCAAAACAGUCGGAUGGCAGCGUCAGAUUCCCGGGUCUACAUGGACCUGGCUCAGAUGUCAGGGGGACUCGCCAUACAGACCACCAGGACAGAGCUGUCCCGGGCCACCAGAAUCAUCCUCGACUCCUCCAGCUCUUCAUUGGUGACCCUUAUGCAGGUCGUUAGGAGUUCAGGAAGGGCAGGUCGGUUCUCCUUCACCGUCGAUGAGUCUGUGAGAAACCUGACGGCUUAUGUCACAGGACGCUCCCUCUCCUUCACCAUCACCAGCCCCUCAGGUGUGUCCCAAAGCAGUGCGGAGGUAUAUGGCCCGGUUGGAACGUUUCAGACUGUUGGGAACUUCCACGCGCUGCGUCUGGACAGCCAAGCUGGUUUAUGGGAAAUCAGCGUGUCAUCGAAAACGUACUACACUCUGAAGGUCGUAGGUCAGAGCCUCAUUGACUUUCUGUUUGACUUUGUGGAGGUAUCCCAGGGACCCCAUCCAAGCUAUGCUGUUCUACAGUCACGUCCUCAAGCUGGUGGGAAAGCCAACCUGCUGGUGUCUGUGACGGGGAGCGACUCUGUGAGGCUGACAGAGGUGGCCCUGGUCGAGGCGUUUGGGUCAGGGGAGGUCAGGGGAACCUUGGAAUCAGUCGGCGGCAGAGACUACCUGGUCACCGUGAAUAGAAUCCCGGCUGGGGCGUUUGUUGUUCGUGUGAGAGGAGAGAGCACCAGCGCCGGAGCAGCUCCAGACAGCUUCCAGAGACAGUCCUCCACCCACCUCAGAGCCUCCGCUAUUGUGGUGACGGCUCUGGCUGAAGGUGUCCUGGAAUCUGGAACACCAUUUUCAGUUCCAUUCAUGGUGACAACCAGUGACAACAGUGGAUUUGUCACCAUCCGGGCCAGUAAUGACCGUGGGUUCACCUCCUCUUUUCCUUCAACCCUGGCACUGGUGACUGGUGGUGCUAAUGGUAUUGUGACCCUCACUGUGCCCCCGAGCACUCCAUCGGGCACAGACGUCACCCUGACCAUCGAGGCCGAGUCCCCUGGAACCAAUGACACAAACUACGCCCUACUCCACCUCUCCGUUGUUUCCAUGGUGACAGAUGUCAACCGUCCAGUGUGUAAAGUGCUCAGUGUGAAGGCCAACUGUUCUGAAGACUGCAGCCUGUCCACAUGGGAGCUCUCUGCCAGCCUGACGGACGGCGACGGUACGGGCAUCGAGCGCAUCACCCCGCGCCAGGGCAACGGAACCCUCAGCACCACCACGGCGGUGGACACGUCCGGUCUGAACGUGACUCUGGCGACCUACAGCGCCUCCUGCUGUUCCCCGGAGGUGGAGCUGGUGGCCGUGGACGGUGUGGGGAAUGUGGGGACCUGUUUCAGGUCCAUCAGAAAUACAGUGGAAACCACGGUCCAGACACCGGUCACCAAUGUCCCCAAAGUCCAAGCAGCACCUCUGUCAGGGGCCAUUCUUUAGCCCUGUCCUCUUAUCUCAGCUUCAUCAAGUUUCUCUCUGUCACACUCAUUUUAAGCAGGUGGAGAGCUAGUCUAAAAAGUUUGACCAUUUGUCUUGUAAGAUUCAUUCUAAUCAUCGAAAGUGUCUCUAAUGUCAUACCGUCCCGGUAACUUUCCACUGGGUUAAUUGUGAUCAAUGCAAUGCGGUGAAAAGCUAUUCAUGCCCUUUCCAAUUUUCUCUGCAUAUUUCUGUCACUUAAUAUUUUCCUUUCUUCAAUCUACUAAUUAAUAAAAAGGAACCCUAUUGAACAAAUAGCAAAAGAUGUGUAUACUUACUAUAAAGUUAUGCAACACCCCAGUUUGAAAACAUCAUGGUCCCUUGCACUCAACUGGCUAUGCGUAAACAAACACUACCUAUAUAUGUUGAUCAGUCUCUCGCAUUGCGACCGAAGAAUUUUGGCCAACUCUUUCCUUCCAAGCUGCAUUAACUCAUAAAAACUGAAACAUUCCAGUUUUAGAGCAUGAAAUGCUUCUUUGAGAUUCUGCCACAACAUCUCCCGCACAUUUACAGUGAGUCUGGGCAUUGUCUAGACAAUUCCAAACGUCCACGUUUGUCCACCCAAACUAAAAUACAUUUCAACUUUUUUGUUUGGCGACGCCAACUUUGAGCUGCACAGCUAAUUGUUUUAUCCAAGUGCUGACAUCUUUGCACUGAGAGUCGAGGCAAAUAAGGUGUGUUAUGUCUUGAUUGUUUACACUUUCUUUUACCAUGAACGAAUGCCUUGACCAUGGGAGCAGUCAGGGUUUUGUCUUGCUCAGGGACAGGACAACAGUGUUUUCACCCCGUUGCCCUAAUUUAAAUGUGGUGCUGUUAUGGCUGUCUGGCACCUCAUACCAUUUUAUGCUCCAUCCGAAUUAGAAAAAGCGGCUCUGAGAACCCCAAGCCAGAGAAUGUUACCUGGCUUUACUUAAAGAUACUAGAGGUUGUUCAGAGCUGCUGCUACAAAUGAUUUUAUUGCAUUUAAAAUCGUGGUUUUGGAAAUUCAUCUUGAUUACUUUGUUUUGGUGUGCAGUGAAGAGUGCGCUAUGAACAGGGUGGCGCCUGGAAUCCUGGGCCCCCUCACCUACAGACGACAUUGAUGUUAUUAAGAUCAGUGGGUCCCACCAAGCCAUGGGCCCCUUCAAUCACACCUUUCCCUGUGUUAGCUACGGCUCUGGCUAUAAAUAUACAUCAAGGUUCUAGAGGCUGGGCCAGUUCAAGGCAUAAGCAAGAUAAGCAGUCGAUUAGGGCCCCCAACUGUUAGGGUGCCCCGAACAGCUAGGGACCACUAGGAGAGGGGCCACCAUAUCAAGUUUAACAUAGGAUCCCCAAAAGCCUAGAGCAGGCCCUGUCAAGAGGGACCGUAUCAAUUUUAACAGGUAAUAAAACAUG